GGGAUGACGUAAAGGUCACCAGAAAGGUCACCAGCCUACGCAGGGAGAAAUACAACAACAAAGCUGACGGGCCGCCACAACAACAAAUUCUGCAGGCGCGUGAUCGUCAUUAACAUCACUAAUCUUCUUCGGGAAAUCAGGCGCACGGGCGCGUGACUGUACCGUGACGGUGGAGCCCUUCUCUGCCGCUUGAUAGCAGCCAUCUUGCACCGAGAAUGCAGACCAAGCCGGAGGAAACUCGGCGAGAGCAGGUGCCCAAGGAUGGGGGAUCUGUUCUCGGUUCACUGAAGAAGUGUGUAUUUGUGUUGGGGUCAGCAUUGCUGUGUCUGGUGGCAGCAAGGAACACUAUCACCUGGCAUGUGCAGGGGCUGUGGAAGGCAUCUGACAGCUUCUGGCAGCACCAGUGGGGUCUGGUGUAUGACUUGUUUGGUGAAGAUGAACAUUUGCUGGGAACUCUUGGUACAUUGUUGGUUCCUUCGUUGGUGUUCUGGUUAGUAAAUGGUUCCCUUCUGGUGGUGGAUGUGACUGGCCAACCUGCCGCCCUGCUCAGAUACAAAAUACAGGAGGAAAAGAAUGUUCCGGUGGACCCUGUAAGGCUGUGGAAAACCAUUAAGUUGGUUCUGUUUAACCAGUUUAUUGUGACUGGCCCACUUGUCUUCCUUGCUGCACCGCCCAUCUUCCACUGGCGUGGAAUGCCUUGUGGGCGGGAGCUCCCAUGGUUUCACUGGGUCGUGGUGGAGCUGAUUGUCUUUGUGCUGGUGGAGGAAGUCAUGUUCUACUAUUCUCACAGGCUGCUGCACCAGCCUGCUCUGUACAAGAGAAUUCACAAGAAGCACCAUGAGUGGACGGCGCCCAUUGGGAUUGUGGCUGUGUACUCCCAUCCUGUAGAGCACAUCCUGUCCAACCUACUUCCUGUAGCUGCAGGUCCUAUCCUGAUGGGGUCCCAUGUGGCGACCGUCUGGCUGUGGUUCUGCCUGGCUCUCACCACCACGUCCAUUUCACACAGCGGCUACCACUUCCCCCUGCUGCCAUCCCCAGAGGCACAUGACUUCCACCAUGCCAAGUUUAACCAGUGCUAUGGUGUGAUGGGGGUUCUGGACCGUCUCCAUGGAACAGAUGAGCAGUUCCGCCACAACAAGGCGUACGAUCGCCACAUCAUGCUGCUGGGUCUGACUCCGCUCUCCUGGUCCAUCCCAGACAAACCCAAGGCAAGCAAGGAGACCCUGGCCUGCCACAAGACAUCUUGCCAUGAGUCUUCCCAAAUGUCUUGCCAUGGCCCCAUGUCAUGUAGCCAGACUCAAGACAAGAACCAAGUGCCAAUGGGGAAGACAGAGUAAUUCACUAAGGAGUCUUUAAGUCACAAGAAAAUGCACUUACAUGUUCCAGUGCACAGUUUGAGCCAAGAAACUCGAACCAGUGUUUAAAGCAGUAACAUGUACCAGUAUCCAACAGGAAAUGGUGUCCAACCUAGUAACAUGUAUCAGAGUGGAACUUAGUAACAUGAACCAAAAUACAAUUUAGUAAAUAUAUGAACCAGAAUACAACUAAGUACUGUACAUGUACCAGUGUUCAAUCUAGUAACAUGUACCAACCAGUGUCCAACCUAGUAACAUGUACCAGUGCCCAACCAACAUGUAAGGUUACCAGUGUCCAACCUAGUAACAUGUACCAACCAGUGCCCAACCCAGUAACAUGUAACGUUACCAGUGCCCAACCUAAUAACAUGUACCAGUGCCCAACCUAGUAACAUGUACCAGAGUCCAAACUAGUAACAUGAACUAGUGCCCAACCAACAUGUACCAGUGUCCAACCUAGUAACAUGUACCAACCAGUGCCCGACCUAGUAACAUGUACCAGAGUCCAAGCUAGUAACAUGUACCAGUGCCCAACCUAGUAACAUAUAACAUUACCAGAGUCCAAAAAAGUAACAUACUCCAGUGCCCAAACUAAUAACUUGUACCCGUGUCCAAGCUAGUAACAUGUACCAGUGUCCAAGUAACCUAUACCAGUACCCAACCUAAUAACGUACAAGAGCCUAACCAAGUAUCAUGUAGCAGUAUCCAAUCUAGUAACAUCUACAAGUGCACUACCUAGUAAGUGCACAACGUAGUGACAUGUAGUAAAGGACAAUUGUGAGUGUGCUAACUAUGUACACCACGGCACCACGUUCUGGAGCAUGAUGUAAGUCCCUUAGUCAGUCACAAACAAAUCUCAUGCAGAAGUGUUAUACUUGAGUGUACCAGUGAUAACAUUAUAUCAUUUGGUUAUACUGCUUGGUUUUAUCUGGAAAUUGAACAUUUUGAACUGCUAAAUGCUUUUUGUGAACUCCAGUACUUUUCGUUUGCCAGUACUUUUCUUUUUGUGCAGUAAUAUGUCCCAGUCUGUUAUAUUUACUGACUAUAUAUAUAAUGUUAUAUGUAUGUAUGUAUGAUAUUGAUAGUAAUAUAUAACAAAGUUAUAUGAUAUGUAUUUAUGUAACAUUUGGCUCUACUUUGCCCAGAAUUGCUCUCCUGGUUUGCCAAUAAAUGUAACACUUCUGAUGAUGGAA